AUGGCGGCUCCGCGCGUGUAUUCGGUGACGCACGGACGGCCGGCGUACUCCCAGCCAUCGCUCGGCCUCUCCGCGUUCCGCGACGUCGUCGCUGCGUUCGGCCUCUUCGACGGCUCCGCGUGCACCCCGCAGAUCUCCCCAAGGGGCGUGGUGUCCUGCACGUGCCACGGAUGCCAACAGUGGAAGGACUUCACAUCUGGCAGGCUGAGCUGGCCUGCCACGUGGCAGGCAGCCACUGGAGCAGGCGACGAAGGGCGGAAGGAGAGUGGGCAGCAGCAGGAAGAGCCUGACUCUGAGCAGCAGCGUGGCGCUUGCGCAGUGGCGGUGAAGGCGGCAGUGGGCGUGGGAGAGGGAGGGCAGCGAGGUGCGCCCAGCAUGGCAGCAAGGGUGCACUACGAGGUGGUCACACAGGAGAUGCUGCUCGCCCUUGCUGCUUACAUCCGGUCAGACGCUCACCAAUCCUGCAAUCCAUCCCAUUCCUUUCCCUUUUGGGUCUUCAUGGGAAUGCGUUUGCCUCGCAAAGUGGUGAACGGGAAUGACGAGGAGAGGGGGACUGGCGGUGAGUGGGUGAGGUUGGAGGGGCUGUGGAUGAGAGUGAUCGCCACUGAUGCCAUUCCUCGUAGCCUGCCUGGCGCUGCUGCUGCAAGGUUGGGAAGCGGUGCUUCCAGGGAGAACAAUGGUUCUUUGAGGGAGGGCAGGGCUCGUGUGGAGGCAGGGGAUGAAGUGAUAGCGUGUGAUGCGGAAGCAGCCAUUGCAGAAUACAAGCCCCACAUUGUGAUCGCAUGCUGGAUGGUGAGGCAUGCUGCAUGCCGCUAG